CUUCUUUUUCGAGACUUCCUCGUUUGAGUCGAGUGACAGUCGUGGAUACUCGAGAAUGCUUCGUGGUUUCGCGUGCUUUGAAGAAACGCCAACAAGCAAUUUGAUCAACUUUGUGUCGCGUUACCGGUACCGACAUCAAUUUUUAAAAGCAACAGACCCAGAUAACAACUACUAGUACGAGUACAAUGGCAUCCCAAGAGCAAGUCGAUGUGUCCUCGGGAGAAAGCGACGAAGGAGCACUUUUACUUUUGGGCCUCAUUUGUCUGCUCGUUGGCAUGGUACUUUGGGUUUGGAGUGAAUGCAAUUGGUAUGAAGUGCAGUCUUCCCUCCGUGAGGGGAUCAGCAAGGUUAUAUCCAUACGACCUGAUAUCGUCAAUCCCGAUAUGGAUCGGGAGCUUGUCCAUGUGAAAGGGAAACUGUUGUCGGAAUCCAUGGUAUACGAUAAUUUGUUCGGAAUACGAGUCAGAGGGUUGAAGUUAGAGAGAAGCGUCGAGAUGUUGCAGUGGGUGGAAAGCGAGAGAGAAGGAAAAGAGGGCGAGAGCAAGAAAUAUUCCUACUCAAAGGAAUGGAGAUCAAAGGUUGUUGAUUCCUCAAAGUUCCACCAACAAGGGUACAACAAUCCUCAUUGGAUGCGCUUUGAAGAUCGGACUUUUACAGCCGAUCCAAUCAAGCUGGGCGCCUUUGAACUCCCCAAGGAGAUAGUCGACUUGAUUCCUUGGUCUUGGGGCGAACAAUUUCACCCCGAGUUGUGCAAUAUUCCAGACGAAGACCUGCAGCGUUUGGCAAGAAACGUUGGUAAUGGCUCCAACAGGGCCGUGUACAUUGGCAACUACACCUCGCCAAGCGUGGGAGACCAUCGAGUGACCUUCAAGCUUAUCCCUGAACAAAAUGUUUCAUUGGUUGCGCAGCAGACAGGGAGUAGUUUCCAAAAAUACAUCGGUGACAUUCUGCUUCUAGAACAGGGAGAGAUGGAGGCACUUGCAAUGUUUGAAUCAGCCAAAGAUGAACUCACUGGCGAUGCGACUGCUCUUCGGAUCGGCGGUGGUGUUCUUGUAUUGGUAGGCCUUGCUCUGCUCGACGUACUUGGUUUUUCGGGUAUGCUCGUGUCGACAGCAGUUGCUGUACUGGAUUUGGUAUUGUUUUGUUGGCGAGCAGAUUCCUUUAAAGGCACAUUUCAAAAGCUCCACCAUGAGAACCCAAAGCGCUUUCUUGGAUACGAAAGUGUCCCUCCUGUCCCCGCACCCUCCCCAGAGGAUGCAGGGAUUGAUGGCGAUAUUCUUCGAGCAGACCCUUUGAUGCCCCCAAAGGCUUCGGCGCCGCCUGCUGAAUUCGACCGAUAGUAAAAAAUGUAGUAUUCUCCCAACUUUUGAAUGUUUGUGCUCUUUAAGUACACUGGUGCAUGCA